ACGAAAAAGAAGGAAUAUAUUUUAUAAUUUUCGAUUUUGAUUUAUUAAAACGAGCGAACUUACGACUAAAGAUGUCGCUGUUCCGAAAUGACGACUUAUAUCGGUGUAGCGAGUGUGAUUUCUUUUUCUGUAAACAAACAGAAAUGCAGUCUUUGAAUGAUCAUCUAAAUGCUGCCGUAAGUAAUCCAUGAAUUCAGAAGAAAUUGUUUGUAUGUCGUUGGACAACGCGUCCAACUUUAACACUAAAAUUAGUUUGGAAAAGAACGAGAGCGAAAAUGUGGAGAGACCAGCUGAUGGAAGAUACCAAGAUCAAGAAUACAACGAUGAUAUCUCGGUUGAUAUCAUGGCAGGCUCUUACGGCGAGAUAUCAUUGGAUAGAGAUGCUGGAGAUAGUGAAGAAGUUAAGAAGAGAUCCAAAAGUGAAAGGAAAAGCGACGACGAAGGUAAUCCCACAGUUGAAACAAGAGAUAAAAGGCCCACAAGUCUAGUUCUAGAAAAGGGAAUAGAAAAGACAUUUUCUGUAGGUGAAGGCGAAGAACCAUGGAAGAGGUUACAGAAUAAAUGUCAGCAGACUUCGGACAGUCAGACUACGAGUCUGGAAGGUUCUCCUUCGCUCAGUUCAGAAUUCUCUUGCACAGGAGGUGGAAGCGAUACCAGCGGGCUUUCGGAACUUCAGGGAAUGGUUACUGUAGAUGGAGAUAUGGUCUCUUUUGUGGCCGAAGAUCUCCAAGAGAAGAUUAAGAUGAGCAGUCCCGUCUCCAGGUCUUGGGCUGAUACACCUUCCUUUCCUGGAUCUCGUUCAUCUACACCUAGUCUCUAUCGACAGGCACUCCAGCCACACGUCCCAACCGUAGAUGCCGGUGCAAUUGUGGAUCUGGAAGUGCAUGCAUGUAAAGUUGCUUCCUGUUUAGAUACCAUGUUGGAAAAUUUAAGUGGAACUUUACAGAGUAUUUCUUCAUUAACAGUAGAUUGUAUGGAGACUUAUCAAACAGCUGUAUUUAAAACAUGUAAUGGAGUAGAUACUAAUAUCAAGUCUAUGUAUCAACUAAUGGCCAAAUGUGAAGAAAUCAGUGCAUCAAUGAGACCACUUUAUAAAAUCUCAGAGGAAAUGUAUCCUUUUUUGAUAAAUUAA